GUUGGUAUUGGUGGGUGCUUGUCUGAGUAGCAGACCGGUCCAUCAUCAUUGCGCGAGCGCUCCAAAUAUAAACAGCAAUGUUGCGCUUUCGGGAUAAUUCAUUAUGAAACAUGGGACUACUACUUGUUUGGAGAUGGAAGUAAUCUGAAAAUCACCCCCUGGAAAGUUAUUUUAAUGGAAAGAGGCCACAGGAACAGAUGGACCCUUGAGACUUAACCUUACCUCUAGCAAUUGGAGGCUGAUCAUCCCAAACUACAAUCCCCACCAGCACCUCCCCCUCCACGCCCAUGCGGCCUAUGGCUCAUCAUCACCAACAUGGGAUAUGGGCAAGUCCUCCAGCGAUGCGGCAAUGAGGAAGACCAGGUCUACCUCAACGUGGGAGGUGUCCGGCACGAGAUGGCUGAGGAGACGCUGCUCCGCUUCCCACACACGCGUCUGGGCCGCCUGCUGCGCUGCCGGAGCGAGGAGGCCAUCCUGGAGCUCUGCGACGACUACAGCCCCACUGAGCGCGAGUACUACUUUGACCGCAACCCUCACAUCUUUAUCAGCGUGAUCAACUUCUACCGCACAGGUCGCAUCCACAUGAUGGAGGAGGUGUGCGUCUUCUCCUUCAGCCAUGAGAUUGAGUACUGGGGCAUCCAGGAGCUCCACUUAGGGGAGUGCUGCAGCAACUGGUUCCAGGAACGCAAGGGGUACAUUGAGGACCACGACUGGGACAUCGAAAGCGACGAUACGCUGCCGCCCAGCUUCAACUCGUCCUUCGAGGAGCUCUCGGCCUUGGACAAGGACCUGGAGAAGUUCAAGGGGGCGUGGUGCGCUGAGGUGCGGAGCUAUGUGUGGAUAAGGCUGGCGGACCCGGGCCAUUCACUCUCGUCCAAGAUCGUUGCCGUGGCCUCGCUGAGCAUGGUUCUUACCUCCAUUGUGGCCAUGUGCGUCCACAGCAUGCCCGAGUUUCAGAUCAUGGAUGAGAACGAGAGGCCCAUCGAGGACCCCGUGCUGGCCAUCCUGGAGGUGGUGUGUAUCGUCUGCUUCUCGGCCGAGUUCAUCAUCCGAUUGAUUGUAGCCUCCUCCCCCAGGAAGUUCUUCAGUAACACCUUGAACAUCAUUGACGUGGCCUCCAUCCUGCCCUUCUACGUCACGCUGGCCUUCGAGACGGUGGGCAAGGAGAACAGUGACGAGAACCACGAGGAAAAUGAAAACCUGGAGAACGUCGGCAAGGUGGUGCAGAUCCUCCGGCUGAUGCGUGUCUUCAGGAUCUUCAAACUGGCACGCCACUCGAUUGGUCUGCGAGCUCUCGGCGCCACAGUCCGCCACAGCUACCACGAGGUGGGAUUGCUGCUCCUCUUCCUCUCCGUGGGCAUUUCUAUCUUCUCCGUGCUCAUCUACUCGGCCGAGAAGUGGGAGGAGGACACCGAGCUGGGCACCAUCCCCAUGGGCUGGUGGUGGGCCACCAUCACCAUGACCACGGUGGGCUACGGCGACACCUGCCCGGUGACAUUGCUGGGGAAGCUGGUGGCCACCCUGUGCAUCCUCUGCGGCUUGCUGGUGGUUGCCUUGCCUAUCACCAUAAUCUUCAACAAGUUUUCCAAGUACUACCAAAGGAACAAAGCCAUAGAGGAGGGCCUGUGUCUGAGUCAGCAGGCGUCCGAGAGACAUGACCCGGAGCUCCCUUAACACAACAUCAGAGACCUCUAUGCCCAGAGUCUGGGUUUGCACCCCUUCAGGGACAGUGACAGUAGCAGUGGGGAUGACACGGAUGCCUCCAGCCUACAGGACAUAAAGGAGGUGUGUGACACAGACGCUCUGGACAAUGGGGCAGCGAAAUGAAGCUUGAGGCUCUGGUUUCCCCCUUUAGAAAGCUCAGUAUACCUCAAAGGAGCACCUUGUGGUUCUCAGGGACGAUGCUCUCCAUCAUUAACUCCUGAUCUGUCUUCCUUUUAUGGCUGACUCGAGACUUUGACAACACUGUGGCCAUGGAAUUUUUUAUAUUCUGAGACCUUGUCUAAGGAAUAUAUCACUGAAAUGAGAGGGCAUAUAGAGAGUGAGUUGGAUCUUACUUAUAAAGGUUUGAAUGUCAUUUCUCUGUUGGGCAAGAUAUUGCAACAAUGUAUGUUAAGGAAUUUGCAUUAUAUCGUACAGAUGUUUCAGCUCAAAAGAUCAUUUAAGGUUUACAUAUGCAAAGAAAAACUACAUUGAUUUAAAAAACAAAAGCAAAGAGUGACUUCAGAUUCCAGGUUAGAUUGAUGGUUCAACCUCUGCAUGAACAAAACACAUAAGAGAAGUCAUCAAUCAUGGGUAGUGGAUCAUUAUUUUGGGACCACAGCAACUAUAGAUAAAGAGACAGAAAUUACCUCUCUCCAAAACCUCUCCUGCUAUAAGCACUUAUCUACAGUACAGGCCCGUUGAUUAGAAAGUCAUUGAGACAUUUUCUUAGAAAUGUAUGUUGGCAAUAAAAAAAAUAUGUAUUCACUAACUGUAAGUCGCUCUGGAUAAGAGCGUCUGCUAAA